AUGCUGAAGCUCUUGAUACCCUUUAUUCUUCUCUUGGUUUCCUGCUCGACUGUGCCGCUCCUGGACAAGCUGGAACCCUUCAUUACCAAUGGCGAGCUGGCAGAGGUGGGUCAGUUUCCCUACCAAGCGGGUCUGAACGUCUCUUUUGGAGGAAACUUGAGCACCUGGUGCGGCGGCACCUUGAUCUCGCACUAUUGGAUAAUCACAGCGGCCCAUUGCAUGGACAAAGCGGAAUCUGUUACCGUUUACCUGGGAGCCAUCAACAUCCAGGACGAGGCUGAGCCGGGCCAGCGGAGAAUUGUGGUGGACAAGGCGGGUAUCAUUGUCCACUCCAACUAUACAGCCAGCACAGUGGCCAAUGACAUUUCGCUCAUCCGACUGCCCAGCUUCGUGGCUUUCACGGAACGCAUCCGAGCCGCCAGUCUGCCGCGUCGCCUUAACGGAUCCUUUCCCACCUACGACUCCGUGCGGGCUUUCGCCUCUGGCUGGGGUAGGGAUAGCGAUGCCUCUGACACGGUCUCACCCGUGCUGAGGUACGUGGAGAUGCCUGUUAUGCCGUAUCCUGUGUGCCGUAUGUACUGGAGUGGAGCUGUAUCCGAGAAGAUGAUCUGCAUGAGCACUGCCAGCGGCAAGUCCACCUGCCAUGGCGAUUCUGGUGGUCCGUUGGUUUAUCGAGAGGGUAAUGUCAGUUAUCUGAUAGGAUCCACCUCCUUUGGGACCACUAUGGGCUGCCAGGUGGGAUUUCCGGCUGUCUUUACGCGGAUUAGCAGCUACUUGGAGUGGAUCCUAAAUUAUGUUAUUGGUUAAGGGGAUGUAUUUUAUUCUUACUUUAUUUUAAAUAGAUUUUAUAACCUAAAUAAAUAUAAUUUUAAAUAAAAAA